GACUAGAGGUCGCUUUGUUUAAACUGCCAAAUUUCCAUUAUUGCCGCAUCGACAUCAACAGUCAUUUUAGUUAUAUAUUGUAUUGUUUUAAUUUAAGUUAAAAAUGGAAGCAUUAUACGCAAUACCGUUUAAUGUUCUCGAAAUACCAAAUAUUAAAAUUAAAAAGCCAUCAUGGUUGCAGCCUCCGUCUGCAAUGACAACGUUUUCUUUAGUGUUGUUUUCAUAUUUCUUAGUGACUGGAGGAAUUAUAUACGAUGUAAUUGUUGAGCCGCCAAGUGUUGGUUCUACGACUGACGAGCACGGUCACUCAAGGCCGGUUGCGUUUAUGCCGAAUAGAGUUAACGGCCAGUACAUCAUGGAGGGACUUGCGUCUAGCUUCCUAUUCUCAUUAGGAGGUCUCGGAUUCAUAAUACUCGAUCGGACCCACAACCCGACCACACCUAAAUUGAACAGAAUUUUAUUAAUAUCUGUAGCCUUUUUGUGUAUACUUGUAUCAUUCUUCACAACAUGGAUAUUCAUGAGGAUGAAGCUGCCGGGCUACUUGCAAAACUAAUUAGUUUCUAUCAAUUAUGUUAAUGCAUAAGUUUGAAUUAUAUUUUUACACUGCUCUUAAGUUUUAUUUAAUACAUAAAGUCUAGAUUAGACAUUAAUAUACGACAGAUAUCUUUUUGAAAUUAUACAAAUUGGAAAUUAUACAAACUAUUAUUAAAAUAACAUUCUGUUUA